AUUCUGGAUGAGAUGAUCUCCCGAGUGGCCUGGUGUGAAAUGUGAAGGUGUGUGUGUACGGUAUGUAGGUACCGGUAGAGGCUGUAGUGUGGAUGCCUGGAGGGUGUCUCUAUUCCGUUAUUGCAUGCACAAUUUCGUCAAGUUCGCUCGAAAUUGGCGGGAGAGUUUCCCCAAGGUUUACCAGGCACGAAGAACAACCUCCAAGGGACAUGGAUGGUAAGCCAGCCUGUGCAACAUAAAAACAACAAACAGCAGAAUACAGACCACACAAGCGACAGACCCGCUCAAUAUCCCUGAACACACGCAGCGACAGUGACACUGUGACCUGAACGUCUCCCGAGCCAACCACACGCCACCCGGACUCCGUAUUGAGUUGUGCCAUACUUUACAGCAUACAAGUCAUCAUCGCCAAAAUGCCCACGAUCCCCAGGAUAGAGAACGCCACCUCUCCAGAACCGUCGACAUUGCCCAUUCGAAAGCACAAGUUCGAAACGCCCAAGCUACGUCUGCAACUCCAUGAUUUGGGCCAUGAGGGCAGCUCGAUCUUUCUGUCCAAUGUUAAAGCCAGUGAGGAUUUUGAAACCCAAGUCCAGAAUGUCUUGAAUCUACUCUACGAUCACCCGAGCGAAUCUCGCCGGCCGGCAACACGAAGUGUAACCCUGAUACUCCGGGAAAUGGAUGGCGUGGCUUACACCACCGGCAUCGACCUGGAUAAUGAUCACAAGGAAAUCCACUUCAGCCUCAAUUAUAUAGCUCGUUCACGCGCGGAUCAGCGAUACGAAUUGUUGGGAGUUCUGUGUCACGAGCUUGUCCAUUGCUUUCAAUGGAAUGCUGAAGGCACGUGUAAUGGCGGUCUGAUAGAGGGCAUAGCGGACUGGGUACGCUUGCGCGCUGGACUUGCUGCACAGCACUGGCGACGAGAAGCUGAAGGCGACUGGGACGGUGGCUAUCAGCACACGGGCUACUUCCUCGAAUGGUUGGAGCAGAAGUUUGGGCCUGGAACGGUGCGGAAGUUGAACGGAUGCCUUCGGAAGGGGAAGUAUAGUGAUGACUUGUUCAAGGAGUGCUGUGAUGGGCAGAGUGUCGAGGACUUGUGGCAGCAGUAUGGAGAGUAUUUGAAUAAGGAUAAGAAGGCUGGCAAAGAAGAUAGCAGCAACGACCCCGAAGCUGAAGCUGAAGCGAAGCCAGAGAUCAAGAGUUGAGCUUGACCACCGAGAAGGCGUAGGCCGGGUCUGGCAAUUGUAACACAUUACUGUAUGCACCGAACGCUCGCCUUCACUGGCUUGGAACCACCACUUGGAAUGCGCAACGUGCUCAUAUACGGUCUAGAUAUGUUUAAAUCUACUGAA